CCAGUUAUUGGAAGUCUUCUUUCAAUUUCAAGUUUUCAACUCUCUCUCUCUCUCUCUCUCUCUCUCUCUCUCUCUCUCUGUGUCUGCAACUCCCUUUGUCUUAAAGAAGAAGAAACAAUCUCUCUGUGUCUCUGUUUCUUCUGCUUUCUCUUUCUCUCCGUAGCUACAAGCUUGUGAGAGAUAAAGGAAAUAGAAUUCAAAAGGAAGAAAAGAAAAUGUUCUUCUUCGCUUUUCUCUAUCUAGCCAUGUGAACUCACUGACACAUUCCCCUCUUCUUCCUCUUCUACUCUUGUGUGUGCGUCUCGUUUACAUUUUGACUGCAUCCAGUCGCCAACUCAGUGACUGGGCUCAGUAAUGGCCUCAUCGUCUCGAGCGAGGAGUAGCUCGCCUUUCUCGUAUCGUAAGCCGUCGAGUCCGUAUUCAUCGACUUCAUCGACUUCAUCUUACAUCAGCAACCGGCUAAUGCCUCGCUCGUGCUCCUCCUCAGCUUCUUCGUACUUCAACUCAGGGGGAGGGCUUGGCUCUCGAUCCAUGACGCCGAGUCGCAGCCGCACAGAUUCGAUGUACCACGGCGGACGUGGCCACGGUGGCUGCACGCCGGUCGAGUACGGGGCGGAGGAGCUGAUUGGAGAACCAGUGGACGCGUCGAGGUCUGGAGGGGAUAGUAUUUCGGUUACGAUUCGGUUUAGGCCGUUGAGUGAGAGAGAGUACCAGAGAGGGGAUGAGAUCGCGUGGUAUGCCGAUGGGGAUAAGAUUGUGAGGAAUGAGUAUAAUCCAGCAACAGCAUAUGCAUUUGAUAAAGUUUUUGGACCUCAUGCAACUUCGCAAGAAGUAUAUGAGGUAGCUGCGAAGCCAGUAGUAAAGGCAGCAAUGGAAGGAGUAAAUGGGACAGUAUUCGCUUAUGGAGUUACAAGUAGUGGUAAGACGCACACCAUGCAUGGAGAUCAAAAUUCUCCAGGUAUUAUACCCUUGGCGAUAAAAGAUGUUUUCAGCAUUAUCCAAGAUACUCCAGGAAGAGAAUUCCUUCUCCGAGUGUCAUAUCUUGAAAUCUACAAUGAGGUGAUAAAUGAUUUGCUUGAUCCAACGGGACAAAAUUUGCGAGUUAGAGAAGAUUCCCAGGGCACUUAUGUUGAAGGUAUAAAGGAAGAGGUUGUCUUGUCUCCUGGUCAUGCACUAUCUUUCAUUGCUGCUGGAGAAGAGCAUCGUCAUGUUGGUUCAAAUAACUUCAAUCUAUUGAGUAGUCGAAGUCACACCAUAUUCACAUUGAUGAUUGAAAGUAGUGCACAUGGUGACGAAUAUGAUGGAGUGAUUUUCUCCCAACUUAAUUUAAUUGAUCUUGCUGGAUCCGAGAGUUCAAAAACUGAAACAACCGGGCUGAGGAGAAAGGAAGGCUCUUAUAUAAACAAGAGUCUUCUAACUCUUGGAACUGUAAUAGGAAAGUUGAGUGAGGGAAAGGCAUCUCAUGUCCCAUAUCGGGACUCCAAGCUUACUCGGCUUUUGCAAUCUUCAUUGAGUGGGCAUGGACAUGUCUCGCUUAUAUGUACAGUUACUCCUGCAUCUAGUAAUCUGGAGGAAACUCAUAACACAUUAAAGUUUGCAAGUAGGGCAAAGCGAGUGGAAAUCUAUGCCUCACGUAAUAAGAUUAUUGAUGAGAAGUCAUUGAUUAAGAAAUACCAAAGAGAAAUCUCAAACCUCAAAGAAGAACUUGAUCAGCUAAGGAAAGGGAUGCUAGUUGGUGUCAGUCAUGAGGAAAUACUGAGCCUAAGGCAACAGUUGGAAGAGGGUCAGGUGAAAAUGCAGUCAAGAUUGGAGGAAGAAGAGGAAGCCAAAGCAGCUCUGAUUAACAGAAUCCAAAAGCUUACCAAACUCAUACUUGUAUCUACAAAGAAUUCAAUCCCUGGUUGUUUGAAUGACAUUCCUAGUCAUCAAAGGAGUCAUUCUGUUGUUGAGGAUGAUAAGUUAGAUGUCUUGCGAGAGGGUUCUCCAGUUUUAGACAGUGAAACUCAAAGGGAGUCUCCAUCUUCUGCGCUAGUUAUCUCAUCAGAUCCUUCUUUUGGUUUUAAGCACAGAAGAUCUUCCAGCAAGUGGAAUCAAGAACUAUCUCCAGCAAGUAGUACAGUUACCGAGUCAACUCAAUUGGGUGAACUUAUGAGUGGUUCAAAAGUUCCUGCAGGUGGGUUGACAUCAGAUCAGAUGGACCUUCUCGUAGAGCAAGUUAAGAUGCUUGCUGGGGAAAUUGCAUUCAGUACCAGCACCCUGAAACGCCUUGUGGAACAGUCUGUAAAUGAUCCUGAUGGCUCAAAAAUCCAAAUCCAGAACUUGGAAAGGGAGAUUCAAGAGAAAAAAAGGCAAAUGAGAGUUUUAGAACAACGCAUUAUUGAGAAUGGGGAGGCGUCAAUUUCAAAUUCAUCAUUGGUUGAUAUGCAGCAGACAGUAAUGAGACUGAUGACCCAAUUUAAUGAAAAGAGCUUUGAGCUGGAGAUCAAAUCAGCAGAUAACCGAAUUCUCCAGGAACAACUGACGAAUAAGUGUGCUGAGAACAACGAAUUGCAAGAGAAGGUGAAUUUUCUGGAGCAAAAGUUGUCUUCUCUCUUGGGUGAGAAAUCAUCACUAUCUUCGGAACAGUGUGCCUCCGAAGAAUAUGUUGAUGAGUUGAGAAAGAAAGCUCAGUUGCAGGAGAUUGAAAAUGAGAAACUGAAACUAGAACAUGUUCAGCUUUCAGAGGAAAAUAGUGGAUUACGUGUGCAAAACCAAAAACUGGCUGAAGAAGCGUCUUAUGCAAAAGAACUGGCCUCUGCUGCUGCUGUUGAAUUGAAGAACUUGGCUGGUGAAGUGACCAAGCUAUCUUUGCAGAAUGCAAAACUUGAAAAAGAAUUGUUGGCUGCUAGAGAGAUGGUACAUUCACGAAAUGGUAGCAUACAGAAUGUCAACGGUGUAAACCGAAAAUAUAGUGAUGGUGUAAGGCCUGGGAGAAAGGGGCGGCUUUCUGGCCGGUCUAAUGAAAUUUCUGGAAUGGUCUCUGAUGACUUCGAUUCAUGGAAUCUUGACCUAGAGGAUUUGAAGAUGGAAUUACAGGCUAGGAAACAAUGCGAAGCAGCUCUAGAGGCUGCAUUGGCUGAGAAAGAAUUUGUAGAAGAUGAAUAUAGAAAAAAGGUUGAAGAAUCUAAAAGGCGAGAAGAAGCUUUGGAGAAUGAUUUGGCAAAUAUGUGGGUGCUGGUUGCAAAAUUGAAGAAAGACGGAGGUGCCAUCCCUGAGUUGAACCCCGAAGAGAGGCAAGGUAAUGGAAUGGAUCAGAUUGAUGAUCUGAAAGCAAAUGAAACUGAUGGUAUUGCAGUCUUGAAAGAGAGACAAGUAUCAGAUGUAAUAAAAUCUGCUGAUGAAAUGCCUAAGGAGGAACCCCUGGUUGCUCGCUUGAAGGCACGAAUGCAAGAGAUGAAGGAGAAAGAGCUCAAAUCCCAUGGAAAUGGAGAUGUCAACUCCCAUAUGUGUAAAGUUUGUUUUGAGUCACCAACUGCUGCAAUUCUUCUCCCUUGCCGGCAUUUUUGUUUGUGUAAAUCCUGUUCGCUUGCCUGUUCAGAGUGUCCAAUUUGUCGCACAAAAAUUGCAGAUAGGCUUUUUGCAUUCACUUGAAGUUGCAAUUUGAUGGCCGCCAAAUUAAGGUUUGUCACCAUUCACCUCUUUGCUAUUUUCCGUGCAAUAGCAGGUGUGAUUCUUUGAUUAGUUUGCUUGUAUGUAACUGCUCCAAAAAGUAUAUGAAAUAGUUUGCUUAUGUGCCUCACCUCUGGGGGCUGUAAAAUAAGAGGGAAUUUAAGGCAAAAAAGAAAAGCUCAAAAUGAUAACAUUCUAAAAUUUCCAAUACAAGAUGUUGCUUUUUUUUUUUUAGCACAGCAGAAUGUUGUGAUCUAUUUUCGAAAAUUUUUAUGGUUAUGUAUAGUAUACUGUUUGCUUCAACGAGAAGCAUUUUUCCCCCGGGUCUGUGUAA